CAUGUUGUACAAACUUUUCCCUGUUUUCCGUGUGUGUGUGUGUGUAUAUCCGUGUGUGUGUGUGUGUGUAUAACUUCUUUCUUCUCUGACAUUCCAGGCCAGUUGAAAGACUGACUGCCGGGCUGCGGACACAGCAGAGGAACGCUCCAGGCAAAGAUUUGGGAAUAUUUGGGAUCGUUCCAUAAUUUUUUCAGGAAAGUCCCCCCCCCCCUUCUGCUCCAUUGGACUUUUCCAGAGUCUUUGUUGAACUAUUUUACCCUCCUAUUUCUAUUGUCGGUUCUUUUUUGGAAUUCUGCUCUUGGAAUUCUGCCGACGUUCGGUUCCAUCUGGGAGGUUGAACAUUCCCAGUGAUUCGUGAUCCCUGCAGCAGAAGCAUCCUCUCCUCUCUCUGUCUCUCCUUAGUUCUGCUCCAGUGAAGAACAAGGGCAGGAACAUUGUUUCAGGAAAAGACAGGCUGUCCUGGCCGUGGCAACCCUCAUCAUGGCCGACAUCCUGCAGCCCGACAUGAACAGCCUACAGGUCCCAGGUGAAAACACCGUAUAUCAGCUCCCUCCUCUCCCUCAGUCGGACGAAAUGACUGCAGCAUCGCACCCCUCACACCCUCAGCCUCUCCGAGACCGGAGGCCAGAUCCAGGAUGGAUCAUCCGUUCACUGUGGUGGUAGCUAUAGACUUUGGAACCACCUCCAGCGGCUACGCAUUCAGCUUCACACAAGACCCAGAGGCUAUUCACAUGAUGAGGCGCUGGGAGGGCGGGGACCCGGGCGUAGCCAACCAGAAGAGCCCCACGUCCCUGUUAUUGACCCCUGAGUUGAAGUUCCAUAGUUUUGGGUUUGCUGCCAGAGACAACUAUCAUGAUCUGGAUCCUGAAGAGGCUCAACACUGGCUCUACUUCGACAAGUUCAAAAUGAAGAUACAUAGUACCACUGAUCUGACAAUGGAGACGGAGCUGGAAGCGGUGAGUGGGAGGAAGGUGAGGGCCAUCGAUGUAUUCUCUCACGCUCUCCGGUUCUUCAGAGUACACGCCCUGAAGGAGGUGAAGGACCAGUCUUCGUCGCUACUGGAGGGAGAUGAGGUGAGAUGGGUGAUCACUGUUCCUGCUGUGUGGAGACAACCAGCCAAACAGUUCAUGAGAGAGGCUGCCUAUCUGGCUGGUCUGGUAUCUCCUGACACUCCAGAACAGCUCCUGAUAGCUCUCGAACCUGAAGCAGCUUCCAUCUACUGUCGCAAGCUCCGCCUACACCAGGUGAUUGACCUGAGCCUCCGGCCAAUGACCAAUGGUCUCAGCUUGGAGAGCGACGGGUCCCGCCCUUUUGACUCCAGCUUCAGACAAGCACGUGAGCAGCUGAGGAAAGCGAGACACAGCAGAACUUUCCUGGUGGAGAGAGGGACUGGAGAACUCUGGUCAGAGAUGCAGACUGGUGACCGGUACAUAGUGGCAGACUGUGGAGGAGGAACAGUAGACCUGACAGUUCACCAAAUAGAGCAGCCACAGGGGACACUUAAGGAACUCUACAAGGUCUCAGGAGGUCCAUACGGGGCGGUCGGCGUCGACCUAGCCUUUGAAGCCAUGCUUUGUAAGAUCUUCGGAGAGGACUUUAUCGAGAGCUUCAAGGCGAAGCGUCCCGCUGCAUGGGUCGACCUGACCAUCGCGUUCGAGGCUCGUAAACGCACGGCCACGCCGGGGCGAUCCAACGCCCUGAAUAUCUCUCUGCCCUUCUCCUUUAUCGACUUCUACAAAAGAUACAGAGGACAGAGUGUGGAGACUGCCCUGCGCAAGAGCAACAUGAACAUAGUGAAGUGGUCGUCUCAGGGAAUGCUACGUCUCACUCCUGAAGCCAUGAACGAACUGUUCCAACCCACCAUUAACAACAUCAUCAAACACAUUGAGGAGUUGAUGCAGAGACAGGAAGUGCAGGGUGUUCGCUUCCUGUUCCUGGUUGGGGGUUUCGCUGAGUCGCCCAUGCUGCAGCGGGCGGCCCAGAAUGCUUUGGGUCAAACGUGUCGCAUCAUCAUCCCUCAGGAUGUGGGUCUGACCAUACUGAAAGGGGCUGUGUUGUUCGGACUGGACCCCACCGUGGUGCGUGUGCGUCGUUGCCCUCUGACCUACGGCGUUGGGGUUCUAAACCGCUUCGUGGAGGGUCGACACCCCCGGGACAAACUACUGGUCAAGGAAGGCCGUGAUUGGUGCACCGACAUCCUCGACAGAUUCGUCUCCGUUGACCAAUCAGUGGCUUUAGGCGAGGUCGUGAGGCGGAGCUACACACCGGCUAGAUCCGGCCAGAGGAAGAUCAUCAUCAAUAUCUACUGCAGCGUCAGCGACGACGUUGUUUACAUCAGCGACCCUGGAGUGAGGAAGUGUGGCGCGAUCACUCUGGAUCUACCGGAGGCGUUGCCGGGGGCGGUUGCCGGGGCGGAAAGGAGAGAGAUCCGAGCCACAAUGCAGUUCGGAGACACAGAGAUCAAAGUGACGGCGGUGGACAUGGUGACCAAUCAGACGGUCCGAGCCGCCAUCGACUUCCUUUCAAAUUGAGGAGACUGACCACAAUGUCAAAGGGUAAAGAAGGAGAAAGUAGGAAAUGGACCCACGAGGAAUAACGUCAAAGAUCCAGGAUCAAUUAAAUGUUUUAACAUUGAGUUAUGGCACGAUGUGACAUUUUAAGUGACGACAUGACCUUCGAACUGCUCAACAUCACAAUUCCUUUCUCACAUCGAAAACAAAACAUUUCAAUCUGAUCUAGGAUCAGGUCCCUCUGGGAGUGACUGCUGACUAAGUAUAUUGGGCUUGUUGGAUACCACUGCCUAAUCCUGACCAAUCACAUUGAAUCAUAAAUAACUACUCAUGAUUACUUGUAGAUAAGUCAGUCAGCAUUUACCCACUAUGCAUCACGGAUCAAAUCCUUGCUCUCGAACAUUGCUAUAGACUCUUGCCUGUAUCUAGUUCCAGUGCCUCCCAUCUUCAAGUCAACUGAUAAUAUAAUAAUAAUACUAACGUCUUUGUUGUAGUGCCACCUUGUGGCCACUGGAUUGAAUGACCAGCUGAACACGCCUUUCACUUUCUAUGUAUGGAGAAAUUAACUGAACUGUGGACUGGUUGUGACGAGGACUGACAGAAAUACACUAGUACACUAGUCAUUUAGACCUUUUAUAUAGUUGCUUGAAGGAAAUGUAGGCUUCCUGGAAAAACACCAAAUAAGGUAUGAUCACAACAGUAUUUAAGUUGUGUACAGUACAUGCAGAAAUCCUGAUGGAUCCUGUAUUUUAUACCCUUAUAUGAAAUAUUAUCAUUUUAUGUAUAAAGAACUAUCUUAAGAAAUAACCUGUUUAUAGCUUGUUCAUCGAAGAUAACCAUAUUAACUGUCGGUUAAAGCUAGAAUCCUAUUUUGCUAGAACUAUUUUGCUAGAAUCCUUAUUUUGCUAGAACUAUUUUGCUAGAAUCCUAUUUAGCUAGAAUCCUUAUUUUGCUAGAACUAUUUUGCUAGAAUCCUAUUUUGCUAGAAUUCUUAUUUUGCUAGAAUCCUAUUUUGCUAGAAUUCUUAUUUUGCUAGAAUUCUUAUUUUGCUAGAAUUCUUAUUUUGCUAGAACUAUUUUGCAAGAAUCCUUAUUUUGCUAGAAUCCUUAUUUUGCUAGAAUCCUAUUUAGCUAGAAUCCUUAUUUUGCUAGAAUUCUUAUUUUGCUAGAACUAUUUUGCAAGAAUCCUUAUUUUGCUAGAAUUCUUAUUUUGCUAGAAUUCUUAUUUUGCUAGAACUAUUUUGCAAGAAUCCUUAUUUUGCAAGAAUCCUUAUUUUGCUAGAAUUCUUAUUUUGCUAGAAUUCUUAUUUUGCUAGAACUAUUUUGCAAGAAUCCUUAUUUUGCUAGAAUCCUUAUUUUGCUAGAAUCCUAUUUAGCUAGAAUCCUUAUUUUGCUAGAAUCCUAUUUAGC